AUUUAUUACUGUUUGCUUGCGUUUGUUUCAAUGGUAAUUAAAAGUGAUUCUCGCUUAAGAACUGCUCUCUCUAUCUAUCCAUCUCUCUACCAGCUUCAGACUCGCCUUCCAGUCCCAGCCUGGCACUCCAUCGCCCCCCUAAUCUCAACGCAACCAUCCUUCUUCUAAAACAUUCCAGCAAGCUCACCAUGAACCAGCUCCUCCAGCUCCAAACCCUACUCAUCACCGACCCGCCUCCUCCCUCCUUCCUCGACCCCAACCUCGCCGCCGUCAAGCUCAUCUCCGCCACCUCCGCUCGCUCCAACCCUCGCCACGCCACCCUCAUCUUCUCCGUUCUCCCUGACCCUAAUCUCCACGUAUGGAACUCCCUUCUCAAAGCACUCGCUGACAACCAUCUCUACUCCCUCACUCUCUCCCACUUCAACUCCCUCCUCCUCCUCCGUCCUCACCUCCUCGCCGACGAGUUCACCUUCACCUCCAUUCUCAAAUCCUGCGCCGCUCUCAUCUCAUUCGCCGACGGCGAGGCCUCUCACGCCUUCAUCAUUAGCCACGGAAUCAGUUCAAACAUCUUCGUAGCCAAUUCCCUCGUUGAUAUGUACUUCAAGUUCGGCCGUCUCGACGACGCCCGCAAGCUGUUUGACGACAUGCCGGUAAAGGAUGUGGUAUCGUGGAACACCAUUAUCAGCGGAUACUCCUCCCAUGGCGACGUUAAUGGCGCACGACAGCUGUUCGAUCGAAUGUCAGAAAAAACUUCAGUCACUUGGUCGGCCAUGAUUGCAGGGCACUCCCGAGCCGGUGACGUUCGCGCUGCACGAUAUCUGUUCGACGAAGCGCCUCAGAAGAAUACAGUGUGCUGGAACGCAAUGAUUUCCGGCUACGCGCAGAAUGAAAGGUUCUCGGAUUGUUUAAAACUUUUCCGCUCAAUGCUUCUGAAGUCGAGCGGCGUUCAGCCAAAUGCAGCCACACUUGUGAGUGUGCUCUCAGCCUGUGCUCACUUGGGCGCUCUUGAUUCAGGUCAAUGGAUCCAUAAAUACAUCGAUAGGAAACACAUUGAUCUCAGUCUGUUUCUCGGCAAUUCACUUGCCGACAUGUAUGCCAAAUGUGGCUGCAUACAAGACGCUAGAAAGGUGUUCGAUCAGAUGCGCGAGAAGGACGUCAUCUCGUGGAGUAUAAUCAUCUCCGGUCUGGCCAUGUUUGGCCAUUCAGACGAAGCAAUGUCUACAUUCCAUGAGAUGUUGCAGCGAGGAAUCGAGCCUAAUGAGAUCACCUUCAUGGGCAUUCUAUCAGCCUGUACCCAUUCAGGCUUAGUAGAUGCAGGGCUGGAGUAUUUCAGGCUGAUGAGAAAGGAAUUCGUCAUCUCUCCCAAGGUGGAGCAUUAUGGAUGCAUGGUGGAUCUUUUAAGCAGAGCAGGUCGGCUCCAGGAAGCUGAGAACUUGAUUGCUUCCAUGGAAGUGGAGCCUAAUGUUAUAGUGUGGGGAGCUUUGCUUGGUGGCUGUAGAAUCCAUGGAGAUAUAGAGCGAGGGGAAGCGGUGGUUUGUAGAAUUCUAGAGCUGGACCCGGAGCACUCAGGCAGCUAUGUUUAUUUAGCAACAGUGUAUGCUUCCAUGGGAAGACUGGAAGAGGCAGCACAAUGCAGGCUUAAGAUGAGAGAGCAGAGAGUGAGUAAGACUCCAGGUUGCAGUUGGAUAGAGGUGGAUCAUUCAGUGCAUGAGUUCUUCAUGGGAGAUCGAUCGCAUGCUCAAACCGAUGAGAUCUAUGCCAAGAUUGGUCAGCUGAGGAAGAAGAUGAGGCUGGUCGGGUACGUGGUGAAUACGAGUGUGGUGAGUCAGAGCAUAGAUGAGGAGGAAAAGGAGGAUGCGGUUUUGAUGCACAGUGAGAAGCUUGCUCUUGCGUUUGGGCUCAUUAGCUUGAAGAAAGGGGAGAUUAUUAGGAUUGUGAAGAAUUUGAGAGUCUGCAACGAUUGUCAUGAUGCCUUUAAAGUUAUAUCGAUGAUAGAGGAAAGACAGAUUGUUCUAAGAGAUAGGAGUAGGUUUCAUCAGUUCAAAGAAGGAUUCUGCUCACGCAAAGACUACUGGUAGAUUAUAUAGCUAUUCAACUUAGCUGCAAGCUGCUUUGAUAUUACAAAGAUAAGUAGUUUUUGAAAAACUGUUAUUAUCUGUUCAUUGUUAAUGGUUUAUUUCAAUUCUUUCAUGUAUAUUUCUAAUAGGAGCUGGAUCAUUUUUUGGUUUAAAU